AUGGCGAUAGCGGCGGUUGCGGCAGGGGAUGCGUCAGGCGGGCAGACGGCAGUGAGUGCCGGCCGGAACGGCGCCACUAGCGCUGCCGCCGGUCCGGACGUGACGGAAACCGGCAAGUCUGCCGGCCGCGAGCGGACGGUGCGGCUGACGUCACGCGGGAUUGUGUGGACGGACGACGAGGUGGAGCGCGUGCUGACGGACGCGCGGAAGCGCAUCGGGCCGCGCCACGUGGACAUGAUGACGUGGCGGCGCGCGAUCCACGCGUAUCCUGAGCUGGCGUUUGAGGAGGAGCGGACGGCUGAGAUGGUGGCGGGAUUGCUGGCGGAGUGGGGGUAUGACGUGGACAGGAGCCUCGGGAGUACCGGCGUGGUGGGGACGCUGACAGUGGGGGAAGGGGGCAGCGCGGAGGGCGGAGAGGCGGAGGAGCUUCCGCCGGCCAUCAUGCUGAGGGCGGACAUGGAUGCGCUGCCCAUGGAGGAGGGCAACGCGUUUGAGCACCGCUCACAACGCCGCAGCACCAUGCACGCAUGCGGGCACGACGGCCACACGGCCAUGCUGCUGGGAGCAGCUAGAUAUUUAGCCGAGCAGCGCCCCUUCCGUGGUAAAAUUCACGUGGUGUUCCAACCCGCCGAGGAGGGCACGCCCACAGAGAACCAAUACGGGCGGGAGGGCGGUGGUGCGCUCGCCAUGCUGGAAGAUGGGCUGCUCGAGAAAUACCCCGUGCGGGCUGCAUUCGGCAUGCACAACUGGCCAGGGUUACCAGUGGGGCGGUUUGCCGUGCACUCAGGGCCAGUGAUGGCGGGGGUGGACAACUUUCACAUCACGGUGGGGGGCACAGGCUGCCAUGCCGCCAUGCCUCAUCUAGGAGGGGGCAGUGACCCCGUGCUCGCUGCUGCUAACCUCGUCACCAACCUACAGGCGUUGGUGAGUCGGGUGGUGGACCCACACGACAGUGCGGUGGUGAGCGUGACGCAGAUACACGCAGGGGACGCCUUCAACGUCAUCCCGCCCUCCGCGGAGGUGAAGGGCACGCUGAGGACGUACCGGGGGGAGACGAGGGAAGCGAUGAUGCGAGGGAUAGAGCGCAUGGCACAGGGCGUCACUGCUGCUCAUGGCUGCACGGCCACGGUGCGGUUCUGUGAUCACUUCCCCGCCACCGUCAACACGCCCAGGGAGGCCCAGGAGGCAGCAGCAGCGGCACGGGCAGUGGUGGGAGCAGCUUUGGUAGACCUGGACUCUCGCGCGCCCUCCAUGGGCGCUGAAGACUUUGGAUACAUUCUGGAGCGAGUGCCGGGCUGUUACCUGUGGAUAGGCAACGGCCCCACGGAAGGAGGCUGCAUGCUGCACAACCCCUUGUAUGAUUUCAACGAUGACAUUCUUGCACUCGGGGCGAGCUACUGGGUGCAGCUCGUUGUCAACGCCUUGCCACCCAGAAAAUGA